CUUCUUCGUACCGCGCCGUCUCAGAUUCUUAUAGAUACCUCAAAUUAAUUCCGAAGAAAGCGCUUCUCAUCAAAUUCCUACGACUUAUAAAAAAAUAAAAAAAUAAAAAUAAAAAAAAACUCGACCGACAGGGAAUGGGCUUGAAAUACCCUAUCGCCCCUCUGCUUGGCUUCUUAACGAGGAAGACCAAGACAGUUUAACUGCCUUCAAUGGAUUUAAUACAUAUAUAAUAUGGCUUCGGUGACAUCUCUCGGGCUGCACGAGCCUACAGCACUUCAAUACGCCAUACAGGAACAACUCCUACCGGAAAAUCCACCUUCUUCCUCUUAUGACUGGAGCAUCACCGUUAAUCAUAACAGCAACGAAGAAGGGGAGGAUGAGCUUCUAGUUACCAAAGAUGCUGUUGUAUGGUCGAGAGGUUGCAUUUUUCGCAAGUGUUUUGGCUUCAAAUUGGAGAACGAGCCUAUCAUCCAGGCCUUACUAACGUAUUUUCCAAAUUCCGAAAUUUCGGAAGAUGCUCCAAACGAAAAACCUGGGGAGAAGCGGGUUCGUUUUCAGUCAGAGACCAACACCAACAAAAAUGAAAGAGCGUUAUCGAAAGCCUUGGUUGUUUUUCUUAAGACCCAAGCUCACGUCUAUUUUCUUGAUGGUACCAGUCACGUAGUUCAUAUGCCUUUUGAGGUCGAAUCUGCCUGCGCCGCCCCCCAAGGUGUCAUAAUCCAACGGCGUCAGCGAACUGAUACUAACCUGGCUGCGAGCCUGAAAUUUCCUCGGGUCCCCCAUAAUUCUUUUAUUUCGAACCAACUCUCUCCAGCGUCUACAAGGCCGUCUCAGCUGAGUACUUUCACUACCGAAAGUCUUGGAAAACCGAAAACACUUCCUCUUAGACUGAACGCCAACCUUGACAACCUAUGGGAUAUCCCGGAAGCAAAAAAGGAUUCCCAAUGGCCGCGUUUAGUCGCUCUCACUGAUCCCUUACUGGAACUUGGAUUGGUUGUCACGCAGAGAGAUAAAUCUGUUAAGCGUAAAAGCCGACCAAGCUCAGAAAAGUCUCCCAAUUUUCUAGAUAGGGCAGAGGAGAUAGUUCACGUCGAAGAAAUACCCCACCACCAAACCUAUAAGAAAGGCAAGGGGAAACUGAUCCUUGCAGUAACCGUCAAUAGAGAGACCUGCAUGUACACUGUUUGGAGGCUCACUUAUAUCUCUAAUGAGGACCCCUUUGUUAACGGGCGAAAGCCCACAAAAACGAAAACAGACCGACGGCGCAGCUCAAUGCAACCCGGCUUACCUAGCGGCGCCACGACGCCGUUGCACCCAACCUUUAGGGAGAGUUUCGGUGCCCCUCUGCCCGGGAAACGAUCGCGUAAGAGCGAGAGGAUUGAGAAGAGCGAUAAGACUUUACAGAACCUCGAGUCCUCACUAGGCAUAGAGAAAGAGUCCGGUGUGACACGUCGCACAUCACGUCGUGUAAGCUCGAUGCUUGCCAGAGCCGACCUCUCUGCUUCGCAGGAUAGGACGGCAUUUUCUGAGCAGGCUCAGAUCUCCAACCACCCCAGUACGAGGAGGGAUACUUCGCAUGGUAGCCAUCGAGGCCGAACUAGUGGCGUGUUCUCCGGCCCGAGCUUUACGGGGACCGCUAACCAUGGAGUAAAUACUCUCCUAGAAGCACCGGUCGAUAGUUUAUUAGAAGAGCUACGAGCAGGUGGAGAUUUCGAAGGCUUCCAUACCAUGGGUAUAGAUGACCACGAAUUUGAUGGUCUUACUCAGGAGGUUUUAUUUACAAAGAUCCACAGUAUUCCUAUCGACAAUAGCAAUAUUCGGUACUCGCUCUCGAAGCAACCAGCCAGAACACAGUGCAAAGUCUUCUGUCUUGUUGGUCCGGAAUCUGCAGAUGAUGGACAGAACCACCAACAGGUGCUAGUCGGGAUUCAAGACCCAAUGGAGAAGCGUCUACAAUUGUUAACACUUCACCUACAAUCAGGAAGUUCUAAUUCCGCUUCCGCUUCCUCCCCGGGCCCCGACAAAAUGGUUGUGACUUUCAACCAACUCAGGAAAGCACAAAAUGUCAUAGACUCGUGCAAAAUCGUCGAUGGCGAGCUUUCUAUGAUUCUUGUAUUAUCCCAAUCCACCGAAGGCCAGCGCGAACUCAGUAUUCAGGCGCCGUGGACGCAAAUGACUUCUGUGGUCCUUCCAUUGAAGCUAUCACUUGCAAAUCUGCGCAGUCUUGAUUACCACGGCAGCCUCGUCAGCCGGGACGUGGGCAUUAAUAGGGCUGUAACUCCUGCGAUUGGGGAAAUUGCUGGCCUGCGGCACCCCAAACUACGCGGUGUUGUAGACAUUCUAGACGAAGAUACCCAGCAGCAUCACCAAAUACGUAUUCAGCUCCAACCAACUUCUCCGCGAGUUUUGAAAGUACUGAAAGCCCUACGAACAGCUCUUCCAACUUCUUCUGGCGAAAGACUGAUUUCAAAUUGGUGGGAAAUUAUUGCAUGGCUUCGACAACAAGACGCCGAGGUUGUUGAUAUCGAAUGGUCGGCUAUUGUCAUUCAGAUUUUCUCCAUAUUUCUUGCCUUGGACGUCGAUGAAGCUACGUUACCAGCUGAUAACACACCCAAAAGGAGAUCCAGAGGCUAUUUACGGUCAAGUAGCGGAGCGCAAAUUGAUCUCGGUGAUUGGAACGCGAUGAAUAGGUACGAAACGCCAGGAUCGUUAACACAUCCUUCCUGGGUUGAGAAUAAAGCGUGGCAGUGGAUAAUGGAAGAAGACGAUUCUCCCUUACCCAUGUUUCAAGGUACCUCUGAGCCGGAUAAAACAGAUUUUCUGUCUACACAUACAAAGUACGCUUUGGCAUAUUUAUCCUCUGUUAAUGGAGAUGCUGCUUGCGGUCCAGACGGAUAUCUUCCGACCUCUCCUGGCCAUGACUACCUAAGUAGGACACGGUACGCCCAAGACAUAUUUCUUGCACUUCAUCUUUUGCUGGAGGAGCAGAAGCUUGACAUUGCAUCUCACCAUAUACUAUCACCGGGCUCAAUUAACUUGCGGGCAGUGUUGCUACAAGUCGUUCGUUGCUUGAAGUGGUUUGAAUGGAUAAAUGCCUAUGAGCUGGAAAUGCCCUUAGACUGGCCUGAGCAACAGCCAGGGGCGAUGAAUAUAUCUGUAUCGGUAAGGCCCCCAGAACCAGCUUAUUGGAAUGUUUUCGACUGGAUCCGAACGAACCUGUCACCGCAACCGAGCCCGUCAGUGCAUGUACCACCAAUAAGAUCAACUAUGGUUUAUUCGAUAAUUCCGCGUACGAAAAUGUUCGAAGACCUUUUCAAGACCCUCUCUCUCCGAAGGAGAUCGCCAGCGGACUUCGUCGAAGCUAUGUACCAAAGUGGUAUCACGCCAAUAAUUCUAGAAACAUUGCCGGAGCAUGUUCUUGUACCUCUCCAAGAUGCGAUUGCUCAAUGCCAACCAGCUCCCCCGUCCAAGUGGUCUAAGGGGAUGCUAGAUCUUAUUAACAGAGGUGACAUCGGGUCAGUGUUGACACAGUCGAAUAUUCACCACAUUCGUUCAACUGGCGUUCUUGCACCGACUCACAUCGCUUCUUGGGAUUUCAAUUCGCUCUGCCAAAAUAUUAUGGAGUUUAGUGAUGCCCCGUCAGAUGAUAUCGCAGAGAGUGAUAAACAGGCGGUGAUACGUGCCAUCUUCAAGGAUGAUCGUCGUCUUGACGAAACCAAGUCGAUGCUAAACACGACAAAACCAAGAGUCAUGCGUCUAGAUCCACUACCGGCAUGGACAGAAGCUUACUACCUCGAGCAGCAGAAGGACAUGGUGACAAGGCUUGCCAAUAAUACCUUGUCAAUUCCAGCUGGUCGUGGUCUAAUGAAUUAUGGGCUUCGGUUCCCUCUCUUGACUCAGAAAUUCCACAUCAAUGGCUUUGUCCUGAAUUGUACGGUUCUGCCGAAUAACGUGACGGUGGGAGUCGACAAGUCGCUUUUUACCGAAGAGAGGAUUGCGUGGGCUUUUUUCCAUUCCGGCGUUGCUGGGGGACUAUCUAUCUCUCGUCAGGCAAAGGGGAUAGAUACAUCAUGGAUUCUUUAUAACAAACCCGGCAAUGAUCUAAGUAAUAGGCAUGCUGGGUUUCUCUUGGCAUUGGGUCUUAAUGGACACCUUAAAGGCGUGGCUAAAUGGGUUGCUUUCAAAUAUCUAACGCCAAAGCAUACCAUGACGUCUAUAGGGUUGCUCUUGGGCUUGGCCGCAUCUUAUAUUGGAACCAUGGACUCCCUUAUUACCCGUCUAUUGUCCGUUCAUGUCACGAGAAUGCUCCCUCGCGGGGCUGCUGAGUUGAAUCUAUCUCCCCUAACGCAAACAACGGGAAUCAUGGGAAUCGGCUUACUCUAUUGCAACAGUCAACAUCGACGGAUGAGCGAGAUCAUGAUGUCCGAAAUUGAACACAUAGAAACCGAAGAUGACGAAGAACCAUUGCGUACUGAAUGUUACCGGUUAGCUGCAGGAUUCGCACUCGGGUUCAUUAAUCUUGGAAAGGGGACUGAUUUGAAGGGUCUCCACGACAUGCGCAUCACCGAGAAGCUACUUACUCUAGCUUCGGCUACUAAGAAGGCUGAACACGUUCAUAUCCUGGACAGGUCCACUGCCGCUGCUGUUGUAGCGAUCGCGCUCAUAUAUAUGAAGUCAGAAGAUCAUAUAGUAGCCAGGAAAAUCGACGUCCCCGACUCAUCUUUACAAUUUGACUAUAUCCGCCCUGACAUUCUAUUACUGCGCACUGUUGCUAAACACCUUAUCUUAUGGUCGGAGAUCGAACCAACACAAGACUGGGUCCGUAAGAAUCUUCCACGACAAUACCAUUCCAGAUUACAACCACCUCAAUACCCUCCAGACCACCCGUCCCGUGGACCACUUAACUCGACACACCUACCAUUCCUCACUAUUUUAGCUGGCCUCUGCUUCUCCAUAGCGCUACGGUUCGCUGGGUCAGGAAAUUUGAAGGUACGGGACCUUUUACUAUCCUAUAUUCGCCGAUAUUAUAGCCAAUGUCGUCAUCCCAAUCCAAGAGCUAGCUUCGAUGAGAGGAUUGUACAUGUAACGGCAUGCAUGUGUCUCGACAUACUUUCGCUCUCGUGUGCAACUGUGAUGGCGGGCACAUGUGACCUGGAAGUUCUCCGCUAUCUACGGUCGCUCCAUAGUCGUAACGAUCCAGACACGACUUACGGCUCACACAUGGCAACGCAUAUGGCUAUGGGUGCACUGUCACUUGGCUGCGGAACGCAGACUUUUAACACGUCCAACCAAGCCAUCGCCUCGCUGCUCGUUGCCUUCUAUCCUGUCUUCCCGGAUUCAGUGCAAGACAACAAGAGCCACUUACAAGCGUUUCGACAUUUUUGGGUAUUAGCGACCGACCCCAGGUGCCUUGUUACAAAGGACGCCUCGACUAAUGCGCCUGUCUGUGUUCCAAUUGCCAUCCGCCUAAAAAACUCAACAGAGGAAGAAGUGCGUACGACGCCGUGCUUAUUACCUCCACUCAGCGAUGUGCAAACGGUUCGGACCAUAUCGCCCGACUUCUGGAAUCUGGAGUUAAACUUCGAGACUCACCCAGAGUACGCCGAAGCGUUUAAACGCUCGCAGGCACUGCACCUCCGUAGACGGCCUGUUAGUGACAGUCCGUUUGCGACAACUAUGCUUGCUCUCGGGCGUCAAGGCGGACUCGGCGGCCCUCUAUCCGCAGACGCAGCAUCUCAACCACUCGAGUGGUUGUUUGAAACGGUACCAAGAUUGCGGAAACUCACGCAUGCAGAACGUGGCAUCGUCCUUGACCGCGGCGUGGGAGGUCCCGAUGUAAGCAAUAGCGCCGCCACGGCGGUCGACGCCCGCCUGGGAUUAGAAAACGUGGUUGCUAGCGGAAACAGAGACGACCUACUCGGCUUAAAGGGGCUAUUUGAAUGGUUUGAGUGGAGAGCUAGGAAAACACAAGCAGAAGAGAGGGCCAAGGAAGAUAACUCGAAGGAUAGUAGCAACGAAAAGAAGGAACUUAGUUGGAGCGGAGAGGGGUGGCUCAGAGAGAGUAUUGCUGAGAACUUAAAGGGGGGAGUAUGGCUUGCAGGUAGGAGUUGAAGGAACGGGCCUGGCUUAUGUUUGGGGAUGAGUUAAAAAAAAUAAAACACAAUGGCCCGGACCUACGUCCUUAUCUUGGCUAAGGUAAUUAGCUACCUAGGUACAAGUAGGUACCUGUACCGAGGUAGCUACGAAAUACACUUAUGAACAAGAGUUCAUUCGGCCGUAUAAUCAUGCAUGCUGUCCCCAACGAAUAUUAAUUGCGCAGUCUUGGCAUUCUACCCUCAGAACAACAUCAUAUUAAAGUUCAAAUAAUAUUUUAAAGGAAGUUGAAAAAAUGAAAAUAAAUCAUACGCAAGUGAAGCAUCAUUUUGCAAAUUAUAUCACGUUGAGAAAGAUUGGCGUAGCAAAAUCGAAAUGACAACUACCUACUACGUACGACAACCAGUGAAGUUAGCACAUGCUGCACAUGCAAUACGCCAAACGCCAACUGGCACAUGGCCGAGGGAGACCCACUCAUGUAGAUUUUUGGCGGGUGACAUCACCGUG